GCUUUCCACUACAGCCAUCCGCCGUCUCACAGCGGCGACGACCUCGGCCGGCAGAAGUGUUGUCUGCGUGGGCAAGUGCAUGUGAGUCGCGCACACAAUCAAAGCCGUGCAUAUCAGACCAGUUGCAAAGCACAGAAUGGCAGGUCCCCGUGGGUUUGCAUGCAGGAGAACCGGGUAACAACAGCAUGCAAGAGAACGUGACCAAGAGCAGCACAACCUACUUCGCCCGCCCGGCAGCAUGUCUCGCUCUCAUCGAAAUCUGUCCAAAGGCUCCGUCACCACCAUGGGCGGAAUUCUCGCCCGACCGCAGCGGACUACGCCGCGCACUGAGUCUAUUGAGUCGCAGCGUCGAAGAAACGAGGCCGCUGAGAUACUGCAGAGCUACGAGCAGCUAUCAUGGUAUGCGUAUCAACGCUGCGAGACUCUGACACAAACACGCAUUCAUUUUCGCUGCAUUGUGGCAGGCAUUACCCCUGAACAAGAAGAGGCCAACGUGCACUGGAGAGAAGACUUUCCGCCGCGUCCGGUUGAGCCUUUGAGACAAUCGACGUCGUCUUGUAGAGGCAAGGAGAGAGUCAGCUCUGGAAGUGGUGCCGAUCCGAAGGAGAUGCCACUUGAUGCCGGUCCUUCCACCUCCAUCAUAUCCAAGGAGAAGACCGUUGCGACAUCUUCGAGUUCUAGAACGAGUGGCAGCGCAGCAGGGAAAUCUGCAGUAGAGGGUGACGAGCAGUAAGCAGUCAGUGAACACAGUUGAGAGUCUACGAGCGGCAACGUGGAGAUCUGACAAUGAAAAUGCAAUCAAAC